CUCCACUCCCCGCUCGGGGUCGGCAGCCCUCGAGGCUGGGACCUCGUUCCGGGCCUUGGGGAGAUCAGGGCCGGGGUUGCUCCGCCUUUGGGGCUCCCCCGGCAGCUUUCGCGACCCCGUUUCAGUCCCGGCCCCGGGAGACCUGCUGGGAUUGCUGCGGUCUCUCAGGAGCCCGUGCGGAAAGGGACACCACAGGUCUUCGCAUUUCGUGCAGCUGCUCUCCGCCCCGUAGACUUGGCGAGACCAAGCUGCCGCGAGCCCUCCCUAGCAGCCUCGCAGUGAAAACCACCACCACCACCUUGGUAUUAUCUCUGGACCCGAAGUGAAAGAAAACGGGAGAGAGAGGGCUUUCAGCUCCAGCAGAGGAAAGGGGCCACUUGGGGUUAAACCGCGCACAGGCUGCUGCUCGGAGACAGGCAGUUUGGAGCAUGUGAACGUACUCUGAGCCUUGAUGAGUUCCAGCAUGUGGUAUAUUAUGCAGAGCAUUCAGAGCAAAUACUCUCUCUCAGAGCGCUUAAUCCGAACAAUCGCUGCCAUUCGCUCCUUCCCACAUGACAAUGUAGAGGACCUCAUCAGAGGGGGAGCAGAUGUGAACUGUACCCACGGCACACUGAAGCCCCUGCACUGUGCCUGCAUGGUGUCCGAUGCUGACUGCGUGGAGUUGCUGCUGGAGAAGGGAGCUGAGGUGAAUGCCCUGGAUGGUUAUAACCGAACAGCUCUCCACUAUGCAGCUGAGAAAGAUGAGGCUUGUGUGGAAGUCCUGUUGGAGUAUGGUGCAAACCCCAAUGCACUGGAUGGCAACCGAGACACCCCACUUCACUGGGCAGCUUUUAAGAACAAUGCUGAGUGUGUGCGGGCCCUCCUAGAGAGCGGGGCCUCUGUCAACGCCCUGGAUUACAACAAUGACACCCCCCUCAGCUGGGCUGCCAUGAAGGGAAAUCUUGAAAGUGUCAGCAUCCUUCUUGAUUAUGGUGCAGAGGUCAGAGUCAUCAAUCUAAAAGGCCAGACGCCCAUCUCCCGCCUGGUGGCUCUGCUAGUCAGGGGACUUGGAACGGAGAAAGAGGACUCUUGCUUUGAGCUCCUCCACAGAGCUGUUGGACACUUUGAAUUAAGGAAAAAUGGCACCAUGCCACGAGAAGUGGCCAAAGACCAGCAGCUGUGUGAAAAACUGACCAUUCUGUGCUCAGCCCCAGGGACCCUAAAAACACUCUCUCGCUAUGCUGUGCGCCGAAGCCUGGGACUCCAGUAUCUGCCAGAUGCAGUGAAGGGCCUUCCACUGCCAGCUUCUCUGAAGGAAUACCUGUUACUCGUAGAAUAGCCCAGAGGAGCUGUGUGCACCGUCAGGCAGGCAGCUCUGGGUAAGGUUUGGCCCUGCAGCACUGUCUCUGUCUUGGAAAAUAGGAAAAGAAGUUGUUCUUUUGUGUGGUUUAUAUUUCGAGGCAACAUGUCACAACAGUGACCUCCACGUCACCUCUCCUCCCUAGACCAAGCAACCAAACAAUGUCCCUCACUUUUGUUUCUGUUUCUUGCUUACUUGGCCUUUUAUAUUGCACCCUGCAAAGGAAGAGGUCCCCCUGACCCUCCCCUUUAGGGAAAAAGUCAACAGUGGGACUAAAUUUCUGUAGGAAGAUGAAGCGUAUUUAUAGAAUGUGUUUGGUUUUCCUUUGGGGACAUGAUUAACGUUUUCAGAAGAAUCCCUCUUAGAAACAUUUAAAUUGAUCUGUGAAGAAGUUUAAGAAAAUUCCAGCUAACAAUUGCAGCCCAAAGAUGAAGAUCCUAGAAGGUGAGCAGGUUCGGGGCUGGACGAUAUCCCUGGAAUCGUCCUGGGGCGUUCAGAGGGGACUGGCCCCCUUUCUCACCAUCGAAGGGGAAGGCAGUCUUGGCUCCUUUUCCAUGGGUGUGCCCAAGGGUUACAUAGUUCAGCAAUGUUCUUUUAGAAAGAGUGUCUUGCUGCUUUCCACAUAGUGGAAGAGAGAGGAGGUUCUACACAGUCCUGAGACCUUUUCUUCUAAUGCAGUUCUUUCUCUUCCUGACAGCCAGUUUGCUUUAGGGGGCUUGGUGGGCACUUCCUGCACCGUACACGGAGGUGUUUGCUCUCGCAGGGGAGGACAUAGGCUGGGCUGCCUUUUCUCAUGGGCCUUCUUCAUUCACUCUGCUGUGAGUUUGGAGUUUGUUUUGUUUUCAGUUGUUUAGGAAACUUUGCUUUUUACUGAGCUAUACAAGACAUUGGUGGAGGAGGUGGAGUUGGGGAGUGGGGGAAGAGCAUUUUAAGAGCUUCCUCUGAGGUGACCCACCUACCCAAAAAAGAUCUGUCCUAGUGAAUAGUACUUAGUCUACAAUACUCUCCCUUUUCGUGUUCUUAAACUAGAUCACGUUGUUAUUGAUCCUAGAUGACCUUAUGCAAAUGAAAAAAAUUUUUUUUAACCGAUUGGGAACCAUAAAUAAAAAUGAACAGAAUCUGCUGACACAGCUAAUUUGAAAAAGUAGGUCUGCUUUUGUCCUUUUGCUGUUGGUGUUUUUUGCUCACUUAAGAAAAAAAAAAAGAAAUAAACACUUCUAAAAGCAA